UCAUAUUUGUAUGUCUUAUAGAACUCCUGCCUGGAAAUGCUGACCACAAGCCUCCAGAUUGCUGAGCCCCACUAAAGGAACCAGGAAAACUCAUGGCUCUGGCUGCAUCUUUCAACAUGACUGAUCCACAGCCAGCCCACGAAAGAGGAAUUUCUGAAGUCGAGGUCAUCUCCCAACAAGUGGACGAGGAGGCCAGGAGCAUGGCCCCUAUGCAGCUGGUGAACUUUGCCUGUCGGGACUUGCCCUUGGCUGCAGUGGACCUUUCCUCAGCGGGCUCACAGCUCUUGUCGAAUUUGGACGAAGAUCAGCAAAGAGAAGGGUCGUCCUGGCUGAAGCCGUGCUGCGGGAAGAGGGCGGCCGUGUGGCAGGUAUUUUUGCUCAGUGCGAGCGUCAACAGUUUCCUGGUCACCUGUGUAAUAUUGGUGGUGCUCCUCCUGACCCUGGAACUGCUAAUAGAUAUAAAGCUUCUCCAGUUCUCCAGCGCCUUCCAGUUCGCCGGUGUCAUUCACUGGAUCAGCCUGGUCAUUCUAUCUGUCUUCUUCUCUGAGACUGUUCUACGGAUUGUGGUGCUUGGGAUCUGGGAUUACAUUGAAAACAAAAUAGAGGUAUUUGAUGGCGCUGUCAUCAUCCUGUCCUUGGCACCCAUGGUGGCAUCCACUGUGGCCAAUGGGCCCCGGAGUCCCUGGGACGCCAUCAGCCUCAUCAUUAUGCUCCGGAUCUGGCGGGUGAAGAGAGUCAUUGACGCGUACGUCCUGCCUGUGAAGGUGGAGAUGGAGAUGGUCAUCCAGCAGUACGAGAAGGCCAAGGUCAUCCAGGAUGAGCAGCUGGAGAGACUGACGCAGAUUUGUCAGGAGCAAGGGUUUGAGAUCCGGCAGCUGCGGGCACAUCUGGCGCAGCAGGACCUGGAUUUGGCAGCGGAGCGAGAGGCAGCGCUCCAGGCCCCGCACGUGCUCAGCCAGCCCCGCAGCCGCUACAAGGUGGUGGAGGCGGCCACUUGGGCAGAGGAGACGGCGGCCGAGAGCCUGGUGGAGGAGCUGCGGCCCGUGCAGGAUGCCACAGUGAGAGAUGACAUGAACAGCUACAUCAGCCAGUACUAUAAUGGGCCCAGCAGUGACAGCGGCAUCCCCGAGCCUGCUGUGUGCGUGGUCACCACAACGGCCAUCGACAUCCACCAGCCCAACAUCUCCUCUGAUCUCUUCUCCCUUGACAUGCCCUUGAAGCUCAGCAGUGAGGACACCAGGGCCACCUCGGAGAGUGUGUCUCACUCGGUGCACAGCUCGGGCAUCCGCACCCAGAGCGUCAGCAGCCAGACACUGGGCUCGCCCACAGACUGCAGCACUGCCCGCGAGGAGCCCUUGUCGGAGCCUAGCCCCUCGCCGCUGCCACCGCCCGUGGGCGAGGCCCAGGUCCAGGACCUGCUCUCCUCCCUCUCGGAGGACCCUUGCCCGUCCCAAGGGGCCUUGGACCCAGACCCCCUGGGCUCGCCGCAGCUUAGUCCCAGGCUGGAGCAGCGGGUGGGUCUGUUCAACCAGAAGAACCAAGAGGACUUUGCUGUCUUUCAGAUCAAGCCUGUCAUCCACUUCCAGUCCCCCGCACCUGUGCUGAAGGACAAGUUCAGAUCUUUGGAAUCCAAAGAGCAAAAGUUGCACAGGGUCCCUGAGGCCUAGGGAACCCCUCCCCGACGGGCCCCACCCUGCCAGAGCUGGGUGGCAAGCGGGGAGAGGCCAUCCUGGAGCCCAUGCGGCCCCCUCCUCAGGGUGCUCU